UUAAAAGCGCACACAUACUUGCGCAGCGCCAGUGGAGUUUUAUCCAAUUUUCAACGAAGCAGACCGUGCGUAAAAACGUGGAACUGGCGUGAAAGCAAGAGUGAGCGAGAGACCUUUGCCAACAAAGCACAAGUAAAGGCAUUUUUUUGCACUAGUUCCUCCAACUACUCAGUACAGUCGUGGGGCAGCAAGAAACAGAAGCGAAGUGUUCAAUUACGAGCAGCAACAGAUUUUAUCAUGUCGAAUCCUGAGAUAGAAACGCAGCUGGCACCUCUACGGGAGCGAGUGCAGGAGCAAGGCAACUUGGUCCGCGAACUAAAGGCAAAGGGAGCACCCGAAUUGGAUGUUAAGAAGGCCGUGGCCGAGCUAAAGGUUCGUAAGAAAGUUCUCGAAGAAAAGGAAUUGGCGCUAACGCCAAGCGUAGUCAGCUUUGAUCGCGCGAAAAUGGAGGAUCUCUUGAAGCGACGCUUCUUCUACGACCAAUCCUUUGCCAUAUACGGCGGCAUCACCGGCCAAUACGACUUUGGACCAAUGGGUUGUGCGCUUAAGUCCAACAUAUUAGCUUUGUGGCGGCAGUUCUUUAGUUUGGAGGAGCAAAUGCUAGAAGUGGACUGCUCCAUAUUGACACCCGAGCCAGUCCUCAAGGCGUCAGGUCAUGUGGAACGAUUUGCCGAUCUGAUGGUGAAAGACGUCAAGACCGGCGAGUGCUUCCGACUGGACCAUCUAAUCAAACAAGCACUCGAAAAAUUAUGCACAGCGAAGGAUGCAACCCCAGCGCUACGGGCUGAAUGUGAGGACAUCAUUAUUAAGCUGGAUGGCCUAAACAAACAGGAGCUCGCGGAUGUGUUAGCUAAAUACAAUAUAAAGUCACCAUUGACUGGCAACGAUCUGACAGAACCGAUUGAAUUCAAUCUAAUGUUUGCAACUCAAAUUGGACCCACUGGUCUGGUGAAAGGAUUCUUGCGCCCAGAGACCGCCCAAGGCAUAUUUGUAAACUUCAAGCGUCUCCUGGAGUUUAACCAAGGAAAGCUUCCCUUUGCUGUGGCCCAAAUCGGAAACUCUUUCCGCAAUGAGAUUUCGCCGCGAUCUGGUCUGAUACGGGUACGUGAGUUCACCAUGGCAGAGAUUGAGCACUUCUGUGAUCCUGUGCAAAAGGAUCAUCCCAAAUUUAGCCGGGUGGCCAACGAGAAGCUAACACUAUAUUCAGCUUGCAACCAGAUGGAUGGAAAAUCAGCACAGCCAUCAACCAUUGGCGAGGCCGUAGCCAGCAAACUGGUGGCCAACGAGACAUUGGGCUACUAUAUGGCUCGGAUUCAGCAGUUCCUUCAUGCGAUUGGUAUCAAGCCUGAGUGCUUGCGCUUCCGUCAGCACAUGGGUAAUGAAAUGGCGCACUAUGCCUGCGAUUGUUGGGACGCAGAGAUUCUCACCUCAUAUGGCUGGGUGGAGUGCGUUGGCUGUGCCGAUCGAUCAGCUUACGAUCUGAGCCAGCACACAGCUGCCACCGGCGUACGUCUAGUGGCCGAGAAGCGUUUGCCAGCUCCAAAGACCGUGGAAGUAAGUGAGAUUGUGCCCAACAAGCAGGCGCUGGGCAAAGCAUUCAAAAAGGAAGCCAAGUCCAUAACGGAUGCGCUGGCCAAGUUGUCGCUGGAUGAUAUUAAGCAGGUAGAGACACAGCUAUCGGCCGGUGGCCUGUAUAAGCUGACCCUCUCUGAUGGCGCCACUCACGAGCUCGGUGCAGAAAGCAUCACUGUGAAGCAUGCCACCAAAACAGUACACGUCGAGGAGUUCAUACCAAGCGUGGUAGAGCCAUCUUUUGGCAUAGGGCGCAUCAUGUAUGCCCUGCUCGAGCAUAGUUUUCAAUGCCGUGAGGGUGAUGAGCAGCGCUGCUACUUCACAUUGCCUCCUCUUGUAGCACCCUACAAGUGCUCCAUAUUGCCUCUUUCGAACAACGCCGAGUUCCAGCCGUACACUCAACAGCUGUCCACCUUGUUGACGAAAGCGGAACUGUCGCACAAAGUGGACGAUUCAAGUGGCUCCAUAGGACGUCGCUAUGCACGAACAGACGAGAUUGCCAUUCCCUAUGGCAUCACUGUGGACUUCGAUACCUUAAAGGAGCCUCACACAGUGACGUUACGUGACCGAAACACCAUGAAACAGGUUCGCAUUGGGCUCGAUGUUGUUGUCGGUGUAGUCAAAGAUUUGGCAACGACAAAGCUCACCUGGGCCCAGGUCUUAGAGCAAUACCCAAUCUUUGAGCAGCAGGAAGCUACGAAAUGAACCAUAUUUUAAACCAACAAUUGCUUUGUACGCUAUAAAUGUAAUACGAUC